GUUCCAGGCUGAGAAAGAGCAAGUGAGCCAGGGAAUUGGUGUGGCACAGAAGUGCUGUCCUCCAUUCAUUCUUCCUUCCUUCUUAAGCAUUUCCCUGGACUUCUCUUUCUCUUACUGUUGAUCUUUCUUUCCACUCUGCUGUUCUUUGAGCAGGGCAGUCUGGGAUGGGUUGUGGUAAUUCCUCUGCCACUAGCACCACAGCGGGAGGUCCUGGAGAGGCUGCGAAAGAUGUGACAGAAGAUCCGACACAAGAUGAUGAGAAAAGAAGGAAUUAUGGAGGAGUGUAUGUGGGGCUACCUACAGAUAUGACCACUGUAGCAAGCAGUCAGUCCAAGUCCACACGGAAAGACUAGCCUAUUAGAGAAACAGAGCAACUAGAAUCCAACUUACAGUUGAAUAUCUAUAGAAGGAGUUUUCUUGGACCAAAAAAAUAGACACCAAAAAUGACCUCUGUGUGACGUACAGUAUAUGGUCCUGUAUAAAAUGGAGCUAUGUGACUCUCCUCUGGGGUUCCACCUGUAUGGAAACUGUCUCUCUCUGAGCACAUCUAUGAACUGGGUUUAAAAGAGGCUGUUCUUGGAAAACAAAUGAAAGGAGCCCGUGAUGUUUAAAUGGCUCUGAAGCCAAAGCGCCAUUUGUAACUAAGGAACACAUUAACCGCAACGAAGGCAUGUCAAACACUCAGACCUCAGACCUCAGACCCGAAUCUGCAAUAAAGGACUAACCUGCAUCUUAGCCUGCAUCUAAGCUCCAGUGUGAGACACCACGGUCAUAAUAAAACCAGUGAAACACACAUCAUUUCACAGUAUGUAGUAAAGUUCCAUCCAUGCGCUCAAGUCCAGUGUGAUGCAGCAGUGUCCAACAAACUAACUGUGUUCAUCACAUCCAUCAGUAAACUAACCCUAAAUUAACACAUUUAACCUCAUGUACUAUGUUACUUGAUACAGAGCAAAAUAGCUCAGCUCUGAACUAGGAGGUACUGGGAAAAACUAAUUCUUAGUGGCCUUUAUAUUUAGUUAUAUUUAGCUAAUUUUAUGUCAUUACUGUACAUUACAUGUAAGUUCAUUGCCUUUAUUUAAGAUUGUGUAUAUUGUAAAAAGGUUACUUAAUUAUUGCUUGCACAAGUCUCUUUAUGUACACUAUACUGUA